AUGUCGAGAGAUUCAUACUUGGAAGCCCCCUCGACCUUGGAAAUGCGAGUCGAGGAAAUGUAUCAGAAUUGCGCACUCGGCAAUGACAAGGUGUUUCUCCCUGCUGGGGAGUACCAACACCUCGUGACCAAGGACGCCAUUAGGGAAAAUCUUGGGCUGAACCGGAUGAGCCAGGAAGAUGAAGCAUUGCUGGACUUCAUUCUCAACCGGGCAGUGCGCGUCUUUCUUACCUUCUGUCUUUUGUGUCAGAUCAAUUUUCAGCAAGGGUCCCGCAACAAGUUUCUGAAAGCCUGCCACAGAUAUGGCUUCGACGACGGCUGGCUUCCGGUGGAAGCCAAGACUCUAAAGACGAAUCGUCCUUUCGGCCCGAAUUUUGACCAGAGCGCUGGUUUUUGCCACACCCAGUACCGCUACCUCACCCCGGUUUUUUCAAACGCACGUUUCGUCUUUGGGCUUGAACAGGGCCAUUUGCUUCCCUUCACCGAAUGCAUCCAGAGAUACACACACGGCAUGUCAUGUAUAGUCUCUGAAGCUGUGAUCCACGGAGACCACCUAGAGGACCCACCUCUUGAUUUCAGGGGCCGUAUAAGACACAUUGCGUUGAAGAGAAUCGGUCUUGGAGGCGGCAACGGCGCGGCGGGAGUGGAAGACUUUCGGGCCCAGUUUGACAACGAAUUGCUCGGUGCCUUCACGAAGGACCACACGGGCUACUUGAUGUUUCUGUGGGCUGAUGGAGGUAAUCUCCGUGAGUUCUGGAGCGCCGUCGACCCGUUGCAGCUGAACAGCGAGGAAGUACGCCAUCUGGUACGGGAGUUUCUGAACCGGUUUCGCGGGCUUUCGGACGGCUUGGCAAAGCUCCAUGUCCACAAAAAGUACCGCCAUGGAGAUGUGAAGCCGGAAAACACGCUGAGGUUCCUGGACGGGACAACGCGGACCGGAACACUCCUCAUUGCUGAUUUCGGUCUAGCAAAGCAGCACUCCAAUCCAACUGCGGCUCAGGGCCCGACAACGUCUCUUGGGUGCGUCAUGUUGGAGCACGUUGCCUGGCUGCUCUAUGGUUCCUUUGAGAUCGGCCAGUUUCAAAAUGAUUUGGCCCACAACCCCAAAGGGGGGUUUCACACCAAAGCGGCCGACUUCACCUUUGUCCUCCGGCCGCAGGUCCUGAAUUUGAUGGAAGACAUCAGUAAGAAUCCCAAUUCGGCCCCCGGCACGGCCCUCGGCGAUAUUCUACGGUGCAUCGCGGACCAUCUGCUUGUCUUCACAAUUCCAGACAACUGGGGCGAAGCGGAAGAGGCUUUGGCAGGAACCGCCAAUCUCAGAGCUGGGACCAGGGCCUCGGCAACGGAAUUGCGUUGUCUGUUGGACGAAAUAAUCAAAAAUACUAACAGCAGGGGCCGUCACUGUCUGUUUAGAGGGGGGCAACGGGUGUCCAGGGAGCGAGGAGCCCCAACAGCGUUUCCUGUUCGGCAGAAAAACCCCACACUUACGCCAAACGCGGAUGCCCCCGGCCCGGCAGCCUCACAUGACAGCCAUCGCAGUCCUGUGCCAUUGCAGCAACCAUGCCGAUCCCGGAAGGCCAUGACUAACAUCUCUCUCUCCAAGGCUUCCCCAUGGGAACAAGAUCCCAGAAUGUACCAGGGCUCUAAUUUCCAUUCUCAGAAUCUAAAACCGCAGUGGACACAUGACAGGAAGUUUGGUUUUACUGACGUUGUGAUGAAAACCGCUUUGGUGCAAACUCCAGCGAUUCGCCUGACAAAUGAGCAGAUGAACAAGACUUGGGAUUUCUCAAUUGACGAUGAGGUGGCCCCCAAAUUGUUGACCAUCCUUGGGAUGGCGGCCAUGUUCCCAGAGUCUCUUCACGAAGCCGCACCGCUCUGCCGCAGCUGCGAGCGGUUGAAGUUUGGCGACCCAGGAUUCAGCUUCGGCUACAAGUGUGAUGGCAUCAAGCGGCGAGCCGUCAAAUGCGGCUUGUGCAAAAUGCUCUGGGGUAUCUGUGAGAGACAUUGCAAGACGGCUCAGACCGACGUCAAAUUCGUGCGCUAUCAGUCAACCCUGAGGCUGGACGAUGGCGUGGACCCGGUUCUUUCGCUCAUCAGCAGUCCACACUUGAAAACCGCCACUCCACUCCAGCUCGGCUUUCCCAAAGUGCCCAGGUCGGGAUCCGACACGCACUUUGCCAUCAUUCGGCAGUGGUUAGAAUGUUGCGACAGCUCGCACCCGGCAUGCGGUUCUGGGAACAGAGUCAUUCUCCCGACGCGCCUCAUCGACGUGGGCAGUCCCGGAUCGACUAAAAUCCGGCUCGUCGAAACGAGGGAGUCGGGGCAGUGGUUAGAUAGUCUCGAAUACGUCGCCCUGUCUCAUCCCUGGGGAACGCCUCCGCAUUUCUGCACCUUCCCAGACGACCCCAACGACCCCCUUGCCAACAACACUCUCUCGCAAUACAGGAACGGCAUCAAGGUCUCCAUCUUGCCCGCUACGUUCCAGGAUGCGGUACACGUGACGCGGGCGCUGCAAAAACACUACCUCUGGAUAGACUCGCUGUGCGUCCUCCAAGGUCCCCGGGGCGAUUUCGCGGACGAGGCCAAGCGGAUGGAGGACGUGUACAGCUCGGCGUACUGCGUGCUGGCGGCGAGCUCGGCGAGCAAUCAGACGGACGGCUUCCUCGGGGACUCGUCGUUCCCGUCGCUGGCGCUCUCGGGGAACCGCGGCGAGGAGAUCCGAUGGUACCAGGAGCUGUAUGCGCAGUACUCACGGCUGGGCAUGUCGCGCGACUCGGGCCGGCGGAUGGCGAUCCGCGGGCUCGAGUCGCGGCUGAUAGCCGCGUUUGCGCGCAAGCACGGCGCCGGCUUCCGGGGCGGCCUCGGCGUGCUUGACGACGGGCCCGGCGGCGGCCUGCUGUGGCGGCGCGGCCACGGCGAGCCCGCGCUCGAGCCCAUCGCGUUCCCGCAGGGCCGCGAAGGCGCGCCGUCGUGGUCGUGGAUGGCCUGCCGUGGCGCCAUCGACUUCGUCCAGGUGGCCGGCGGCACCGUCGAGUGGGAGGCGACGGACCUGAAGCUGGCCUGGAGCUCGAUGCAGCUCGUCGUCCGCGCAAGAGACCUCCGCCAAGACGGCGCCACGCUGGGUGGCAGCAGGGAGCCUGCCAGACUGCUCGUGUGGGAUGACCCUGGGAAGGCUUCUAGCCACGGCGUCAAAAGAAACAGCCAUGCUAGUAACAAAAUUGAGUUUACUUUGUUGGUCGGCCAACUUGAGGCAGAUGGGCAAAUGAAAGCUAUGUGGAUCGAUGAAAGGGGCGGCUAG